UCCGUGCCGGCGUCGCAAGCACCAAGUCAGCGUCGGUACCUCUCGCAGCGUAGCAAUCUGCAACGGUCGCAGGUGGUCCGGACGGGCCGUCGACCGCCGGCAAACUACUAUGAAAGCGUGCUCCACAUGUCCGGCCUGAGCCUGGAGGAACCGGGUGGUGCGGUAGUCCUCAAGUGCGAACCGAUCGUGUUUAUGCACAAACUAAAGAGCGUCCUCCGUACGAAUGUCGAUUACCCGGCCAACAUCGAUCGCUUCAUAGCCGGCAUCGAGGCUAUCACCGCGGGCAAUCGAACCAACUUUUCGAAGCUGCUCGAGUGCUGCCAGGUGCAGCCGGCGGACCUCUCGGAGGCCCGCAAACCGGUGCAGGAGAGUUUGAUGAAAAUGUUUCUCUUGGUGGACUUUCUGCAGCUGAAGCUGAUUGAGCUGCUGUUCGCGUACCUCGGCAAAGAGCUCGAUAAGGUCCGAGCGGAAGCGGCCACCGAAGACUCGAUCGUGGGGUUCGUGCUGUCGCAGCUCAAGUUUAUCGAUCACGUCGCCAACGGGGACGUGGUGUUCGCGCGGGUGUUCGAGCUGCUGGCCAAAGCCAACCGGGCUAGUGUCGUGUUUGACGAGAUCAUCUUCAGCAUGGAGGACGUGAUCGACGUUUCGAAGCACGACGAAGCGCUCGAACGGUUGGCGAAGCUACGGCCGAAACCGGAAGAGCUCAUCACCCCGACCACGGUCGAGGUGUUCACCGAGAUGUGCCUGAGCGUGGAGACGCUGCAGAUGUUGCGCCGCAAGGUGGUCCAGUAUGCUGCCGACGGUUGUCCCCUCCACUACUAUCCGUCGUUGGUGAAGAUGAUGCUAAAAUUCAAUCGCACCGCAGAGCCGAUGGAAAACAUUUCUGGAAUCGUGCGCGAGGUUCGCAAACUACUCGACACCGGAACGAACGCCGACACGUGGACGGCUGGCGAAGGAUCGAUGGCCGACGACUGUGCGGAGCGGAUGCUCCGGUGCGUCUACCAGCAAAUGUCCGCCUCGGCGGUCUUCUUCGACGCAUGGGUCGCGAUCGUUCGACAGCUACCGACGGCCGAGGAGCACCUGCCGGUCGAUCUACUGCUCCUGACGAUGGCCACCACCAUCAACGAGGUGAAAGCGCCGCGAAUUCGCAAGCUAACGAUCAAGAAAAUCUCGCAACAAUAUUUUACCGACGCGCACACCGACCAGUUGGUCAGUGGGUGCUUCCGGCGGGUGUUGCAGUCGCAUCUGGACAGUUUUCUGCAGCUGAUCGAGUGUUGCACGCGCGAGAAAGCCGAACAGGUGUGCGGUUUCGGAGUGGCCGCCCUGAGCGCACUGUUCACGCUCGAUCAAUCGAUCGUCACCACCGACAACCGGGUGCUGCUGAAUAAGAUCGUCGGGUUCAUCUGUGAGAUGGCGUCGGCGAACAUGAUGAGCCGAAACGACUUCCUCAUUGGCCGCUGCAUUGUGGCGUUACGUAAGCUUCACGAAUCGCACCCGAAGGAGAUCGAGCGGAGUGCGGAGUUGCUGCUAAAAAUUCUUGACGUCGCCCCGGAACUAACGCUGCGCCAGUACCGUCCACUGAUCGGGGUGAUCUACGCGGCGGCCAUUCCACGGCAGCACCCGGUUGGCGGCGGCGGUGACGCGGAGUCGAGUGCAAUACGCGACAAUCUGGAGAUCAUCGUCAAAAAGCAACUGCUCUGCGGUGACAAGGACACGAAGCAGAAGGGCAUCGUUGGUCUCGUGCAGAUGGUGUACGCCCUUUCGCUCACCGCGGAAGCCGAAGCCGGUGUGGCCGUGCUGAGCUCGAGCUUCGAUUCCGAGCGCUCGUUUGGCACGAUCAGUGAGAUCCCGAGCGAGAUCGGGCGAACGCUGGCAAACUUGCUCAGCACGCUGUUUCUGUCCACCAACCAAUCGCCGGAUUUGCUGGCCAUCUGCUACGACGAGCUGGCCACGAUGAUCGGUCAGCACCGUCUACGAUCGGUGCCGGUCUGGGAGAAAACGUUCAUCAUGUGGCUGUGCGACACGGUGACGAUGGACUUCCAGAGCCACUUCCUGGUGGCGGAUGCUCCCCAGCUGCGGUCAGCACCGAUAACGCUCGCACGACAGCUGCGUAUCAACGGUGCCGAAGUGGAAGUAGAGCAGAUCGCCGUCAAUGUGGCCGGCGUGGUGCUGGCACAGCAGAGCCGCACCUCGGUCGUCACCUUCCUGGCGCCGAUCUUCCGCCUGAUGCGAACGCUGCAUGCCGUGCGCUACGAGGGAUCGCUUGAGUCGAUCAACGCCCUGCUCGGCUGUGCGAUCAUCGUGCCCGACUUCUACGGCAACACCGUCGAAGAGGAGCGCCGCUUUUCGGUCGACGAGUACGACGAGACGCUCUGCACGCAACUGCUCGACGUGUACUUCUACCUGGCCAACUGGUUCCGCGAGUGCAUCAACGCAUUCAUCAACCAGCCGGACGACAUGAUGCGCCGUAAGGUGCUGGAACGAUUGCGCGAGCUCGUGAAGCUGGAGCACCAUCUGGGCCGGAUGUUGGACAGAAUUUCAGCCGAGAGCGAGUAUCUGCCACCACUGGCAACCGAUCGCAUGGAGGGCAGCAGCAGUGGAAUGGUGCCGAAGAAGGUGGCCAAAGUGCCGGAACCGGCUGUCGGGGCCGGUCGCGGUAAGAAGGCAUCGUCCCGGACUCAGCUGGAUAGAACCAUCAACUUGGAUGGCACACUGAACUCCCCCGAGCCGGGGCAAGAAGCGGCCGUGGGACAGUUUAACGAGCACAGUCUUCUGGUGCGCUAUCCGUCCGCUUUCCGCUGCAUCGAUCCGCGGGUGGUUCGGUUGUUUGACGUUCCAUUGAGACCGGUCCGUGUGCUUGACGAUCCGGAGCAGCGGGCCACCUGUCUCGCGUUGGCCGAGUAUCGUUUCGUGCUGGAGAACGUCACGCUGGCACUCGAACAACCGGAGCUAGAAACAUUCCAACGCCGCACGAUCGAUCGCUGGUCGGACAUUGUCGAUCGCAUCGCACUGCUGGCGACCGCACUGCGGGAGGCCACGGAACGCCUUCAACCCGUGCCGGCAGCGGAACUGAUGCCACUGAAGGCGUGCUAUCUGUGGAGUAUGCGACUCACCACGGCCCUCCUGCGGUGGAAGCGAUUCCGCGAGCAGCGUGGCCGUGCCGACCUCGAGCGAGUGCUGCGUGUGCUGGUCGAGAAGCUAACCACAGCCAAAGGGCAGCCGAUUGCCGACGGUUGCCUCCUGCCGGAGCUUGCCACCAAGCUGCUGCAAGAAGUCAUCACACGCGAAUCGUGUUUCGGUGAUAUGUCGAUCGCGGCUCAGAUGUAUCAGCUCGGCCGGACCAUCGGGGAAGCCGGAUGUUGCGCCGUGGACCGGACCGUGGCGUCAAAGGCCAUUGCGCGUUUCGCACGCACCAUUCUCACCGCACCGGACCUGAACACGGCGGACGGUGGCAAAUCGAAAGCGACACAUUUCGUGACACUCCUGGACGGAAUGAUCGGUGCUAGCAUCGGGAUGCGCUCACUCAAGCAGCUAAUCGUCGAAGUGGGCCAAGAUCUGGUCGCGAUGGAAGAGCGAACGGACAGAUCCAACGCUUCCGAUGGUGGCGCCGUGCGUACGUUUCCAGCGUUCAAGCGGCCACAGUACUCGCUCCUGUUCAAGGGUCUCUGCCGGGCGUUCGUUCGCGCGCUCCAGGAGGACAUACGCACCCGAGGGGCAGGCGGUGCCGGGGGCCCCGGUCGCCGGCUGGAACUGUGGGAGUUGGCCUGCCAGACAGCCGCCGAGCUGACCGGCAUCGUGAAGCGCCCCAAGCAAUCGGCCAACUUUGGAGUGUACCUUCGGUUUGCACAAAUCUUUAUCAAGCUCUUCCUCAAGAGUGGCCUCCCGGUGCUGGAGUCGAUCCUGCGCAGUUCCGCCGAACGGGCUUCGGCACUGCUGGCGAAGUUGCAGACCACCACCCGGUACCUGCACAGCGUGUGCUGUCAGGCCAAGGUCAGUGGCAAAGGGAGCACGGCCAGUGCGGACGCGGGCGCCGUGGCGCAGAUACCGUGCGUGCGCGAGUGCCUCGAGCAGCUCGUGUAUCGCGUGAAGGCGGCCCUCGUGGCGAACCGUUGCUCGGCCGUCUUUUGGAUGGGCAAUCUGAAGAACAAGGACACACUGGGCGACCUGAUCGUGUCGCAAUCGACGCCGUCGCCCGACGGAAGUGACGACGGGGACCAGCAGCAGCAGCAGCAGGACCACGAACAGGAGUCCGAUAUCGCGGAUGAGUUGAGUGACCACGAAGUGACCGCGGAAGCCACGACGGCCAACCGCAACGUUAGCCGUCAGCGUCAGAGCCACUCGCGAUCGAGUUCGGCCAGUCUAGCGAAAUCAUCACAGAGCAAAUGCUUCUAG